AUGCUGCGCUGCGCAGCCGCCGACUGGGCAGGUCGCGAAGACGCUUGCCGCCGGGAGAUGAGGUGCCGUCGCCAUCCGCCGUCGCGUCGCCAUCGCGCGCUCGCACAAAUACAUACGCACGCCACGCACGAAUCGCCCCCCGUCGUCGCCGUCGUCGCCGUCGUCCGGCGUCCCUUGCUUGCGUCCGCGGCGGGCCUGAUUCAAAUCCGAAUCCAAAUCCAAAUCCAAAUCCAUCCGUCUUCCCGUCGUCCCGUCGCGGCCCACGCUAGUCGCCAGUCAGUCUUGCUUGCACACACCUUCAGGGUGAAUCAACCAACAAGCCUUUGUUUCCGCAGAUCCCUUGCCCCCUUGGGGGCCACGGCCCGGGGUGGGCUGAGCCCAUUCUUCCGCCCCCCAUCUCCAGUACCUGCGUCUGUUCCUGGUCUUGACUGUAUUGGGCCAUUGGUGCGACCGUGGCGGCCUGCCCAGCAUCCAAGGUCUUCAGCCGCCCCCGAAAGCCACGCAUUUGCCGUUCCUCUUCAUCUCAUCAAAUCGACCGAAUCGAAUCGCAGCUCCACGCACCGCGAACCUCGAGGUGCUGCGUUCUUGGUGCCGUACCGUGCCGUACCGUACGAGCCCCAAUCAAUCGGGAACCGCGAGCCGGCAUCCGAUCAGUGCGGGUUGUUUGUUUAUCUUCGUCCCCGUCGCCCAGCCUGA